AUGGAGAAACGGAUUACGACGGGCAGGUGUUUGGUCACAUUAGCAGCCACGUUCUCGGUUCUGCUCACUUCGGCGGUCUGCCAAACCGUCUGCCCGAGGAGAUGCUCCUGCUACUUGGGCCAACAGCCGAGAACUGUCAUGUGCGCGAGACAGGGCCUCGAGGCGUUCCCCGAAAAUAUCAGCGACGUUGUGGAGCAAUUAAAUUUAUCGAACAACCUGUUAACGGAUAUCACGAGUGACAUUAAUCGAUUGAUAGAUCUGCAGUACCUGAUUCUAUCCAAGAACAGGCUGAGUUCGUUGCCCGAGGACAUUAGUAACCUGAAGAGCCUAAAGAAGUUGGACCUGAGCUGGAACCAAAUACACACGAUAGUUGACAUUAGUUCUGUGAGGCAACUUCCGGCCCUGAAGUUUCUCUAUCUAUCUAAGAAUCCGUUAUCCAGCUUGGAGGAUUUGGUAAACGGUGGACUCGAAGUUUUGAGCGUCACUCAUUGCGAAAUACGAGAAUUUAGUAAUACAUCUCUGGACGGUCUUCCCGCAUUAACGACACUAAGCUUGGCAGGAAACCCUUUGAAAUUCAUUCAGAAAGCACGGAGUCCAAAACUACGGUGGCUCGAUAUGUCCGACUGCCUUUUGAAUUUCUUAAGUCCCGAUACUUUCAGCGGAUUUCCAGAGCUUGAAGAGCUUCGGAUGGCCAACAAUCCCACGUUAGUCUACAGUACCAGACACGAGACGCUGACCCAUUCAAAUCUGAAGAGAUUGGACGUGUCUAGGUGCAAUCUGGACAGACCAGGUCUCCACGGACUCCCAUCGCUGGUCCACGCUCGAUUAACCCGCAACAGUAUUCGGCUGUUGCCCGAUCGCAUUUUCGCUAAAAACAGACAACUAGGUUUCCUAUAUUUGAACACGAACAGCCUCGAAAGUUUGAACGCGAGCACGUUCGAAGGCAUGGUGGAGCUCCAAGUGUUGGACCUGUCAGCCAACAACCUGGAGACGAUUGAUCCCCUAGCGUUCCACGAGAACAUAGAACUGAAGCAGCUGAAUCUGUCCUACAACAACUUACAAGAAUUUCCAAACCUCACGUCGGCUGUCAUGACGCUGGACUUGUCGUCGAAUCAAAUCAGCAAGCUCAGCCAGAACUUCUUGACGGGCAUGCCGAAAAUAAAGAGCAUCAUCUUGACUGAGAAUCGAUUGGAAACGAUACCAUCCCCCUUGGUAUCCACGACGUUGAAGAACCUGGAUCUGCGACGGAACAGACUGGUGGAAGUGGAUAAUAAUACAUUCCUUCGACUGCCUCAACUCAUAAGAAUUGACUUAUCAGGAAACCGUCUGACUGAAGCUAUGAGUCCAAACAUUUUUAGAAACAAUCCAGGCUUGAACAUCAUCAAACUAGGGGACAAUCCUUGGCGAUGCGACUGCAAGGAAUUGGCCCACUUGUUCAAUUAUCUGACGGAAUUGCCUGCCAAGACUUUGUCGACGAGUUUGAUUUGCCAGACUCCGGCGAACAUGUCAGGUUACUCCUGGGAGAGUGCUUGUUUCGACGCCUGGAAUGGACCCUUUAACAAAGACAGGUCCUGGGGCUUCGUGCUGAUCGUCAUCCUCACUGUCAUAGUUCUAUCCGGAAGUUUCAUCUCCUUCAGGCACAUGAUAAGAAUGAAGAGGAGGGCCCUAGAUCAAAGACAACAGCUGGAGGCACUGAGACUGCUGAGACGAAGGAGGGUUCAUACUGAACGACAACGAGAAGAACGCGUCGAACGUCAACCAGAGCCCAGAAUCCAUCCGCUGGAGUUACUAGGACCUCCCAGUUACGAAGAGGCCAUACAGAUGCCGCGACUGGCUCGUUCUCUGGACAACCUGGACGAAAUCUCUGCAGAUACAUCAUCCGUUCGCGUCAUGGGUUCCGCUGACAACCUGAGGACGAAGCAGAGGAGAACUAGGAGGAUAAAGACGAGGAUUUACAGCGAGGACGAUUGGCUGAGGAGGGAGGGACGUCGACAAGAAAGAAUUAAGAGGGAAAUAAACGCAUCUGUUGGUAACGUAGCCUCUGAGGUACCACAGGUUGUCAGCCAAACGACGUCCAGGACCUCUGUGGCGCGAAGACCCAGAAAACACAGCGUGCUAAGCGAUUCUGUGGAUUCUUCAACCGGGAAGCUUCGAACCAGGCCGCAGACACCUAGUGCUAAGAAAAAAAGAAGAAGACGCACGGUUUACGACGGUCACUCAUCCGACGAUGAGGAUUCCGACAUACCGCGAUACGAGUCCACCAGAUCCAUGGUCAUUAGGGAACUUCGAAGGGAACCUAAAAGCGGUUACAGAGAACCCGCGGUGGACCACGACACCUAAGUGUUCGUAAACUGCGGGUGGAUUAAUUGCCCUCGAGGAAUUCGUGAAAUAAAAAUUGUUACACUUUGAUAUUCCUGACCUAUUAGUCGUCAAUGUUUAUCUAUAUCCGACAAUGCGCAAUCUCGGACCCUAACGCGAGUUACAUUGCGUCCGGUGAUUAUGCGCUGAAUAUGAACAUUGCUAUUAGGUUGUCCUAAAAGUUUCUUUUCGUUUUAUUCAUAAGUAGCAUACACGUAAUAUUUUAUGUUUUAUAUUUCAUUACUGAAUUAUAUGCGAACAUUCUAACUACUGAGAGAUAAGGUUGUCUAUUUAUAUAACAACUGAGUGUAAGUUGCGAAAGAAACUUUUGGGACAACCUGAUAAUUAUCCUUAGGAGGACUGCUAGAGGAUUCACCGACGCUUUAAUGUCUCAUAAAAUUUCCUAACUGGAGUUUAUGGCGUCGAUUGAGGGGGAUGGAAGUUCCAAAAAUUGUGAACACUGCCUUAUACCGGUUUUCGUGGUUUUGAUAGAUUAAAUGAACUUUUGCAAGGGUUUGCAAUUAUUGAACUGCUUUGUCAAGUCGAGGGAAGUUUUGAGAACUUUGUUACAGUGCAAUCGUUAUGUUAAUUCAUUUCUCUUCACCGUCGUUUUAGUAUUGAAGGUAAAUGAAAAUUUUGAGUUUUGUUUUUAAACAACACAAUAAGUCUGUCACGUAAACAUCAUCAUUCACGUUUAAUUAUUACUUUCAUUUAAAAUAAAUAAAUGUAUUCCAUACCACUUGUUUUAUUAAAACACAAAAUCCUAAAUCUCUUUCGGAAAAUCUUUUGUAUCCCUAAUUCUUCUUGUAAAGAAAAAUGGAAAUAACUUGAUUGUGGUAUCUUGUAAUUCUUGAAAGGAUAUUUUAAACAGAAUUAAAUCACUGUAAGAAGGAAAUCGUAUAACUAUAAAAUUACAGUAAUUUCACGCUUACCUGGAACCGAUUAACGUCGACUUUAUACACAGCGAGCAAUUAUUCGAUCGUAUCAGCAUAUCGUUUACCCUGAUUGCUUUAAUACAUAAACUUGAUAAAAUGUUGAUAGACCGUUAACACGCUGUAACUACAAACAUAUUAACCUCUUAAGUAACGAUCAACAUCAUCAAGCAAACACUAGACACCCACAGUAUCAUUAUUC